AUGACUGAUCCAUAUGAAGAUGAGGGUUGUUACAACGUGCAGGAAACAUCAUUUGAUUAUGAAUAUGAUGCUACGAUUGAUUGGGGAACUUUAACAUUGGAUGAUUGCAACUGUAGCCACCCUCUGCACAAAUACUUGGCGGCUUGUGGUGAUAAAUGUAAUGUUGUUCCUACUGGAAUAUUUCUCAAUUUAACGGAUGAACAACUUUUUGAAAUAGCACUUCCAGCUCUUCUUUAUUUUGUCGUUUUUCUUGUAGGCACUAUCGGCAAUGCUAUGGUUAUUUUUGUUGUCAAUCGGUUCAAACGGAUGCGAAACGUUACAAAUGUGUUUUUAGCAUCUCUGAGCACUGCUGAUUUGUGUUUAAUCUGGUUUUGUGUGCCAAUUAUGUUUGUGAAAUAUAUGUCUCAUACUUGGUUUAUGGGACGUUUUGCAUGUUACUCCGUGCAUUAUAUUCAACAAUUCACCUGCUUUUGCUCUGUUCUCACAAUGACGAUGAUCUCCUUUGAAAGAUAUCUCGCCAUUGCAUAUCCAAUGAGGAACAUGUGGCUUUCAUCUAUAGGGCGAGCGAAGAAGGUCAUUCUUUUCAUAUGGGUUCUGUCAGCCUUUCUAUCAAUCCCAACAGCUAUGAGAAUCGAUUAUGAAACAAACGUCUCACUCUCGGGAGACAGAGUGUACUGGUGCAGAAGAAGGUUUCCCAGUAGUUUUUUUGGAAUUCCACAAACAAAGCUGAAUCGUAUUUAUGCUGUUUAUCAAAUGCUGCUCUUGAUAGUCUUCCCAGUUGUUACAAUGUCCAUUUGUUAUGCUCGAGUAGCAAUAAUUGUCUACACCUCAUCGAAAAAUAGAUUAUUGCUCUCUCAAGCUAUGGUGGCUUUUUCUAAAGCUGCAACUGAUGCUGUAACAUUUUCUGGCUAUAGCACAAUCCCGAUGAUUUCAACUAGUCGGCAACUGAAGACUGCUUGCACAACAAUAAACUCAUACAGUAAACAGAAAUCCAAUCGAGUGGCAGAAUCUAAUAAGAAGCAGAUUGUGCAAAUGCUGAUAUCCAUUGUUGUGAUGUAUACGAUAUGCUGGGUCCCAACAAUUGUUGACGAACUAUUGACGUCAUUCGGAUAUAUAUGUCGUACUUCUAAUUCACCAGCCCUUAAACACAUGCGGAUGGGGUUUAAUGCGUUGACGUACUGUCAAUCCUGCAUAAAUCCGAUUCUCUAUGCUUUCAUUUCGCAAAAUUUUCGAGCCACGUUCAAAUCUGCUUAUUCAAGAAUGAAACAUAGACUACAGGGUGUCGAGGAGAUGAGAUCACGAAUGGGCUCUUGUUCUUCAGCUUCCAUGCUUUCUACCAGAAAUCAUCAUAGAAUAUAUGGUAGUAGUUUCAACACUUUGGCUGUUCCAGGAAGAUCUCUUAUAACACCUAACAUUUCUCGAGAUGCUUCUCAAUUAUCAUUAUGCCGCCCAGUCUCUCAAAUGUCUUUCUGCCGAAACAUAGCGCCGGAUGGAGUCACAUCUUUAGGGAGACCUCGCAGUCCAACAGAAGGAUCAAAAGAUUCCGGUAGACCAAGGAGUCCUACUGAUGUUUCUCAAAUGAGUAGAAAAUCAAUAAUAAGACCAAGAAGCCCGACAGGAGCUUCCCAAGUUUCUAUAGCCAUUCCAGUAGGCAGAUCUCGCACCCCAACAGGCUGCUCGGAAAUAUCAUUAAGCAAUUCAUCCAGAGCGCGAAGUCCCACAAUGAACUCUAGUCAGUCAGGAACAUCGAAAACAAGUUUACCUCUCCCUGAAAUGGAUUUACUAUCUGUUCAAGAUGCCGUCCGACCUAGAACACCUCCUUGCAUCUGA